AUGGACUGGACUUUACCUGAUCGACCUCGCAGGCUCGUGACCUACGGCAAGAACGCGCGGAGUCGAACGGCACGAUCGCAGGCUUCGCAAUUCUCGAAAGAACAAAACAGCAAUGACUUGACAGCGCGACGCUCCGGGAUCACCCCUCCACCCCGCAGUUUACGAGAGUCGGCAAUUGAAGACACUGCGCAUGCCAAAUCACCCAGCCAGGAUGGCCGAUCGAGCGUCAGGUCACCAAAACGACGCAAACUUACACCGGUAGACGAUGAUGAUGAUGAAGUCGAUCUAAUCGUGGUAAGCCCGCGACCGCAAACCCGGCGCGGCCCUGCCGCAAAACCCACAUAUACGCGCAAAGAUGUGCUACGUCGCUCUGUCUCAGAUCUACCGAAUAAUUCUCAUUUAGCAAGAAGCAUAGACUCUAGGCUCAGUAUAUCGCCAGAUCGUUCCUCCGACCGCCCUGUCACGUCGAGUGCCCGCUCUAUAACACGCACCCAAGCCGAUCUAGGGAUAACUCCAUUGCGGAGACGUCUGGUUGAUGCAUUAGGCUUUGAGAAUGUGCAGGAAGGCAGUUCAGGAGCGUCCGAUAGUGAACAUGAAUCAUCGCAACAACAAGGAAUCGAUAUCUUCAAAUCCAGAGAAACAACGCCCGUAGCUGGUGAUUUUCAAACCUCGUAUAACACUGAUAGUCAAACCUCCUCCAAGUGGAGCCAGAGGACUCAAGAAAUAAUUGAGGCAUCACCGCAGUCAGGCAGCCCAAGAGUUACCUACGCCCGCCAGCGAUCUUUUCUUCGCAACAUUGACAUCCAUGGCAAUUCUAGUGGGGAUCCUGCAGAAGACUUCUCGGCCAGUCUACUAUCAAUGCCAUUACACCCUGUCGCGAAAGAUGACACUGAGACCAGCCAAACCGAGAGUUCAGGAACAAUCAGCAGUAUCCACGAACUAAGAAGAGCAGGGGUGAAUGCUCGUUUUCAAGGGCUUGUCGACUCUAUCUUGGAAGACAUCGAGGAUCGCUCUUCAUCUUCUUCUGUCCGACGAAGCGGCUUGGUUCAGCUGUGUGAGAAAUUACUCGAUGAUAAGUUUGCGCCACGAUUUGUGGAAAUUGGAGGCUUCGAACGCUUAACGAAGUGCAUGUCGCCUCGAGCUGACUUAAUUUUGGCUUUGCUUUCUGUGUAUGCGUGUGCGCUGGUACUUCGGUUAAAUCACCUUCCCUCCACAGUCUGGACGAGUGCUUGGUCAAAACUUAUCAUAUUGGCACCUACUCUGCUACCGGUGGACGAUAGCGUCACCAAGCUUGUUUCACAGCGUCGUUAUUCCCUCUCCAGGGUGAAUCAGGCCUCUAUACGGGACAUUGCGUCUCAGUUUGUUCGAGUUUCAGGUUUGGAUGAACAGGAGUCCUCUAAGUUAUCGCCGUGCCACUUGUUGCUACGCUGCUUGUAUUUGACUGUCCGCAAAGUGCGGGAAAAAGAUAUCGCAGGGACGAUACCAGGGGAAGUUGUUUCUCAAUUGGUCGAGAUUCUGUUGGAGCUCACGCAAAAGGCAACUGAUCGUGACACUUCGGAAAACUUUGUUCUUAUCGAAAGCAUCAUCACUAUUUUGGAGAUAUAUACAACGACUUCGGAUAUCACAGGACAGGCACAGCAGGAUGUUUUGCUACCGCUUACCAAGUCAAGCCAUCUAUUAUCAUCCUUGAGCCGUAAAAGCGACCCUCAGGACAUUCAGCUUUUGACGCUACUUCUCAGACUCAUCUUGAAUAUUACCAAUGCUAGUUUCAGUCUUUGCGAGAAUUUUGCGACACCAGAGGUCAUACACGGGUUGACUGUCAUUGUUUUAUCGAACUACGACACGGCUUCGCGCGAUUUCGUCAUCGACGAGAAGAAGGACUCGCUUGAUAUUGUUAUUUUGGCACUGGGCGCCUUGAUCAACUUGACGGAAGUUAGCGAAGCUGCGAGACAGAAUAUCCUCAACCAGGAGGAAGAUUCUCAAUCGCUAUUCGAGCAACUUCUCUCGAUAUUCACCCGGGGUCUGGAUAGUGUGUCCGAGGCUGAUUCGGUGGUUCAAACACACUCGAAUGUUGCAUUCGGAUACCUUUCCAUACUCCUGUGCACCCUGUGUCUCGAACGAGAAGCAUAUGCCACUCUCAAGAGCGCCAUGAAGGGGACCGGGUUAGCGAGACUGUUGGCGACGGUCGAAGAGUUCCUGCACUACCAUCGCAAGGUUGACGAAGAGCUCCAGCAGUCGCAGUCGGUCAAGGAAUUCACCGUCCGUCUGCAGCGAAUUCUGAAUCAGAUCCGCGCGAUCAGCACUUGCGUGACUUGA